AUAAUACAAGGCUGAGUUGAACAUUGGAAGCGGGACCACAAGGUCUUAAGGUGAAAUCGUGUUGGUAAUAUGUCUACCCUAACCUGUGGUCAACGAUGUCUUCAAAUUGUACUUAUAAUUGCCAAUAUUUUAGUUUUUAUAUGUGGAAUGGCACUCGUCACUAUUGGAAUAAUUUCAUGCUUAUCUAUAAUUCAAUACUCUAAAGACGUUGACGUUGCUAUCUAUGGUCUAGCCGUUUUCAUAACUACUCUUGGAGUGAUUAUUUUCUUCAUAGGAAUAAUUGGAUGUUGUGGAGCUUGUAAUGAGAGCGUCUAUAAACUCACUUUCUAUGCCACAGUGCUUUUUAUAAUUAUAUUAUGUGAAAUUGCUGGGGGCAUUGGAGCUCUUGUGUUAAAAGACAAAGUUAAAGAGAAGUUCAGAAAAGCUAUUGAAGAUGCUGUGAGGGAAUAUGGUAAUAAUCCCGACUUAAGUGUUCUGGUCGAUUCGAUUCAAAGUGGGGUUGGCUGUUGCGGAGCGAAUUCACCCAAUGACUAUAAGGAACCACCACCAUCCUGUUUCUCAGGAAACAGAAGAUAUGAAAUGGGUUGCGUUUCUGCCCUUGGUGAACUGUUUAGGAAGUAUAUGAUUCUGAUUGUAAUCUUUUCAUUUGCAUUUGCUGGAUUCCAAAUUCUCUGUUUUAUGUUUACAGUUUGUUUAUGUAAUGCAAUUAGACAUAGUAGAUGAGAUUGACAAACUUUGAUAAAUUCGAAUGAUGUGUAAGACUAUCUAUUCAUUCACCGUUAUUUUUUAUAUUCAGGAUAUUCUCAAAAUUAUUUCUCUUUCCCAUUCAAAUAUUUACUUACUUACUUACUUCUGUUUUGAUGCGUUUAUAUAUAUAUAUAUAUAUAAACUUUCUGUCAUUAUCUUUGUCUUCAAAUUUACCGCCAUUCAUUUCGACUGUUCAAUGUUUCAAUAAUGUUUGAGGGAAAGAAAAGAAUUUGAAAUUUACUGGUUUAAACAAAAGCUAAACGAAUGAAUGAGAUGGUUUAAUUCGUUAUCUUUUCUUUUUAUAUAUGGAUUUGCUCGACUGUUAAAUUUAUAGUCUUGCAUUUAUUUUUAUCUAGUAUAUACAUACAUAUAUACUAUGAGUUAUUCUGAAUGACCUUUUUUUCUCUAACAUUUCUGAAUUUCAUACUUUUAUAAUAUUAACAAUUGGAUGUAUAAAGAAAAGUGUUGAUUUCCUUCAUUAUUAAAAAAACUUUUUAAUGGGAAAUAUAAAGCUUUCGAUGAAUCUAAGUGAUUAUCAUAAGGGUAAGGUUAUUCAAUAUAAAUGCUAUUC